AUGCCAAAUAACCAACUAACAGUAAAGGACGUUGAUGUAGUCCAAGGUGGAAUAUUUUGGUUGCCAGCAGAGGAGGACUUGCCGAGGCAGGCGGUGAAGAGAGCACAUGGCGCAGGUGGUGUCGAAGGCAUUCAUGCGCAUCCAGUUUUUGUAGUUUCCAGGCCUGCAGAGGAUAGCCACAUUGCUCAUUUUCAAGUUAUCUCCUCACGGCAACGAAGAACACUUGGCGACCUGUACAACAAGACAAAUGAGUUCCAUAUCAGCCUGCACACCUCAUGCCUACCGAUAGAGCAAUCACCAGAUCAUUCACACGCAAGUUUGAGAAGGACCAUGAAACGAUCUUCAACUCUGCAAUUAGCCAACGGCGCCCAACUGCAAUUGGAUUCACAUGUGAACAUCCGGAACGUUUACAAAAUCGACUGGUCGCUCUUGAAACGGUACACAAAUCCAGAGACCCCGGAUGUCAAACAGUUUUACUUCGAUCGUGAAUCGACAACACGGUUGUUGGCCAAAUCCGCCAUUCUCACCACGUACGAACCGGGUGCGCAGCAUCAAACACUUUCCUCGCAAACUCUGGAGAGCAUAAGUUUGAGCUCUGAUAUUGCAGAUAUGAUACCUGCGCUGCAAAGAUCGAUCUCAGAGCCCUUGUGGGUGUCAGCAGAAGAUGUUCGAACAGUCAAUCGUCGGAGGUUCUCAGAAUCGGACAUUUGCUCGGCAAAAUCAUUUAGGCAUUCAGAGUCUUGUUAUUCUUCGUCAAGCCUUCAAUCAAGAGUCGGUUGGCAUGAAUGUCGAAACAACUCUAUGGCAGAAGCUCAAAAAGAUACAGCGGGCGAAACGGCGACACAUAGUUCAACGAUAUGGACCUUGAAACACCCACUGGAUUGCUUGUGGAGACACAUUACUGAUGGUUUCAAAAGCACUGCCAUAACACGAAGCCAUCUCAAGAAACGCGAGAAGAGCCAGAUCUGGGUGAAUGCGAAGGGUGUAAUGGCAGUCAUCAUAGCUUCAAUAUAG